CCCAACCGUUGAAGCCCGCGUACACCCACCUCAAUUCAAUUUAACUCUCUCUCUCUCUCUCUCUCUCUCUCUGUAUCUUCUUCUUCAUUUCUGCGAAGGUGUUCAUCAUAUGCUCACACCGGGCACACGUUCCCAUCACUGCUUUUUUUUCCAACACCUCAAUUGACCAAUUUCUUAUUUUACUUUUCUUCUUCGUCCGAAAACAGCAUAGCAUACUCUGAUUGACCCACCUUCAAACACUUACUUGAUACGAGCUCCUUAUUUUCUUUCCCUUUCUUUCACUCAAUUUGGGCCAGAAAUUAAUCGUUUUGAGACUGUAAUGUUAGACCCUUUUCGUUAAUUUGAUUAUGCUACAGAUGCCCAGUUUUACGGAAAAAGAAACAACGAUUCACAAACCCUAGUUUUGUGGUCCUUAAAUCUGUUGAGAGCGAGGUUUUUCUUAGAACUUAGAGCUGAGAAGGCGGAAGUCAAUAGGGGGUUAAGACCCAGAUGCGAGAAGACUCCGUAAACCCUGAUCCGGGACCCUGAUUUUUCUUGAGGUUUCGAAUCCUGUGGUUGCUGUUUCAUGGAACCGCCAUUGUCGACCCUAGUCUUUGUGGUUUUUGGGUUCUUGAUUUCCGUUUGCGCCCUUCACGUCGAGUCAGAGCUUCUGUCAUUAGAUGGAUUGAAUAGGUCUCCAGAGCCACCUACGGGACCUCCACCCUCAGCCUCCCCUCCUCUUGGGCGAUCACCACCACCGCCGUCUCGUUCGCCACCAGUAUCCUCUUCUCCUGCGCCACCAGUACCAUCUUCUCCUCCGCCAGUACCAUCUCCUGCUCCUCCUCCUUCUUGGUCCCCGUCACGGAAUCCUUCACCGCUGCAUCAUGGCAUUCAACCGAAUAAGUCACCCAUCAAUAUUGCUAAACCUCCCCCGAGCAACAAGAAUCCACAAUCCCAGCCACCGCCGCCACACGAACACAAGAUCAACGCAGGGAAGAAGAUCGGAUUGUUGUUUUCGGGAAUCGCCGCCAUUCUUCAGAUUGGGGUUAUAAGCUUCUUGGUAUUCAAGAGGAGACAGCUUUUAAAGGUCAAUGGCAGAUACGAAACUUGUUCUUGAAAGUUGAUUUUUGUUUUUGUUCUGUUUUCGUGUGUAUCAGAUUUCUCAUCAAUUCUUUAUAACAUAUGCGGAGCAUAGUUUAUAGUUGGGCCUAAUCUUGUUGUUGGGUUGAGAUUAUUCUUUGAAUGGAGAGCGUUACUGUGGUGGAUGUGAUUGAAUUCCAUUUCUUUAGUGAAGGGAGGGAGCGUUGUGAAUUAUCAAACGACUGAUAUAUCAAUGGUGAUGUUGAAGCCAUCUUGUUCCUCGGGUUUGUUCUGUAAAUGGGUAAUUGUUAAUUGGCUUUUUCUUCAUCUAGUUUGUAUGUUGAUUUUCCUUUUCCCUUUGGUUCUAUAACUUAUUUAGAACACGUCCUACGAUCUGAAAUGAAGAAAAAAAGAGGUUCAUGCUUUCUUUUUUUUUCUUCGUUGCUAACCUUUUUCUAGUUCGAGUUUGUAACAAUGUUAGAUAUCAUGGAAAGAAUUGCAAUUGAUUAUGUUUUUCUUGCAAUAUGUGCCGUAAAGGUGUGUACUUUAUUUUGUUUCAUACUAAUUAUAGUUUUGAAGAUUGGUUCUU